AUGGCCGAGUCACAGUCCACAGCCAUGUCCUCGAAGCCACGCACGAGCAGCAUAUCGCAAGCAUCAGAAAGCUCGCAAACAGCAGCCGAUUUUAUCAAAGAACAACUCAGCCUCGAAGCAGAAGCACGCGAGGCUCUUCCAUACCAAUUCGACACCUGCACACGCGAUCUCGGCCCUCUCCGCCAGAGCCUCUACGCAUGCCUUACGUGUAACCCGGCACCAGCAUCGUCCGCUCAGCAGUACACCCCAGCAGGCGUCUGCUACUCGUGUUCGAUCUCGUGCCAUGGCGAACAUACUCUUGUUGAGCUGUUCAACAAGCGGGACUUCAUAUGCGAUUGCGGAACUACUAGGAUACCGGACAUGACGCCUUGCACGCUCCGGCUGAACGCGGAGACUGGACGGAAAGGCGACGUGACGGGUGAGGAGCCAGCAAAGACGAACAAGUACAACCAGAACUUCAGGAAUAAGUUCUGUGGCUGCGGCGAGGACUAUGACCCCAAUCAAGAGAAAGGCACAAUGUUCCAGUGCCUUGGGCUUGGAACUUGCGAAGAGGGCGGCUGUGGCGAAGACUGGUGGCACCCUGAGUGCCUGGUAGGCUUCACUCGGGCUGAGUAUAGCAAGAUGAUAGAGAAGCCGAACAUUGACGACACGGCUGGUACGAAAGAUGCCAUGGAGACCGACAAACCUGCGACAGAUGGAAAUAAGAACAAUGAACACACAGAUGUAAAAGCGCCUCCGAAUUCAACGGAUAUUGCGGCUGCAGUGGCAAGUGGUGGUGGAGUUGACGGAAACGACAUUGCAGGAGAUGCUGGUGCUCAAGAGGACGAUGACCCACCACUACCUCCAGGUUUUCCUGAGGAGGACGACUUCGAUCACUUCAUCUGCUACAAGUGUGUUGCGACAAACCCUUGGAUCAAGCAGUACGCUGGUUCAACUGGAUUCCUACCACCAGUCUUCCACGACAAGACUAUCGCGCUUUCUCAUGCACAAAAGUCCACAGUAUCAACUUCAGAGCACAUGAACGGCGAUUCUAAGAAACGCAAAGCUUCCGACGAAGACGAAGAGGAACAGACAGCAAAGCAUCUCUCAGCACCCGCUCCGGCUAAGCGCCAAAAGUCUGAAGACCCAAGCGGCACGCUUUCCAGCAUCCCCGAGGAUACCAAGACACUUCCUAUAACACCAAAGAAGCCGGAAAUGCCAAAGCACGCUUCACUCCCUUCUUUGCCCGAAGCUGCUCUCACAACACCCUUCUCUCUCUUCCUCAAGCCUGACUUCCGCGACUAUCUAUGCCACUGUGAUGCCUGCUAUCCCCAACUUAAAGCUCAUCCUCAACUCCUAGAAGAAGAAGACACCUACGAGCCCCCCGUAUCUGAAGAGGGCGAGGAAGGUGGACAGUCAGUUGGCACAGGCAGUAUUCUUGAUCGUGGCGAAGCAGCAUUCAACAACAUGGACCGUGUACGUGCUAUUCAGGGUGCAAUGGCAUAUGCGCACUUAAAAGACAAGGUUUCGGCGUUCUUGAAACCUUUUGCUGAGUCGGGUCAAGCUGUUGGUGCAGAAGAUGUCAAAGCGUAUUUUGAGAAGCUGAGAGGUGACGCGCAGGGUAUUCAGGAGGCUGCUGGUGAAGCGAAAGCAAGCAGGGAUGAUGGAGAUGACGGUGGAGCUGGAGGGGAUGGGAGGAAGGAGCAAAGUGGGUAUUGA